AUUAGCGGAAGGUCAGAACAUAAUAUCUGCGAGCGAGUGUGAAGAAUCGUCUCUGACUUUUACCAGCCAGGAAACUCACUAAUAUACUGAUAAUUUAAAAAUGCCAAGAGGAAGCAGAAGUCGGACAUCCAGGAUGGCUCCUCCAGCCAGCCGAGCACCACCAUCACCACCACCUGUGGCCAGAGCUGCACCUCCUCCCUCCUAUGCCCCGGCUCCAAUGCAGGCUCCCCCAUCUGCUGUGGGUGCCCCAGCAGCACCCAGACAGCCCGGUAUGUUCGCCCAGAUGGCAACGACCGCCGCUGGAGUGGCAGUGGGCUCUGCAGUAGGACACACCAUCGGCCAUGCCAUGACUGGAGGCUUCGGUGGAGGACACUCUGAGCCUGCCAGGCCUGAUGUCACAUACCAGGAGCCGUACCAGGGUCAGCCCGUGUACCAACAGGAGGCCCCUCAGCAGCAGCAGGCCUGCUCCUAUGAGCUCAAACAGUUCAUUGAUUGUGCACAAAACCAGAGUGACUUCAAACUCUGUGAGGGCUUCAGUGAGGUGCUCAAACAGUGCAGGUUUGCUAACGGUCUAUCAUGAGACUGAGACCAAACCCUGGAGAAUUAGGAGGGCACAGAAACUGAAAUGAGCAACCAUAUGGAUACCAAGAGGGUGUAAUUCACAAGAGAUCAAUAAACAUGCUUUUAUUUUGACUGCUGAUUAUCAUCAGAGAGCAUCAUUGUAUUCAUUUUUCAGGACAGUGCUGCAGAGUUUGUAAUAAUAGUCGUAUAAAUAAUGUUUAUAUAUUUUGGUGUUGCAUGCUUUGAUUUCAGUUGUUUUUCAUUAGCUUCAGUGCUUUUAAUUUAAAGUUUAUCUCAUAUAAAUAUAACCACUGGUUAUUAAUGACAUCUUGUAAAUCCACCAGCUUUCACCCUCUAGAUAAUGGCCAUCUGUAGUUUGCUGCAAAUUGAGAUUUAAAAAUAAUAAAGCACUUGAAUCAUAAAAACAGCA